AUGAAUUAAGGCGGAUCAAAUGAUUUAUUAACUUUGAAAAGAGAAAAGUUUAGAAUCUAAAUAAGACACUAAAAACUAACAGAUGAAUUUAAGAAAAAAAGACGGUUCUAUAAUUAUGAAUAAACAAAAAAUAUAUUUCUUCAUAAAGUUUGUGAUGAACUCUCAAAAUUUCAGUUUAAAGAAUAGUUAGUUGAAGAAGAUCUUAAUAAUAUUAUGUUAUUACUUAAAGUACUUCAGAAAGCUUUAGAAGAUGAAUAAAAUAUUGAUUUUUGGGUGACUGAAAAUAUAGUAAAAAAAUUUAGGUAACAAUUCCUUUUUUAAAUCAGAUUUCUUAUUAAUCUAUCUAAAAUAGAUAGUGAGUUUCAAGAAAUAAGUAUUACUCUUAUCCAAAGUGUUUUCUAUUAUUUAAAUAGAGAAGAUUAUUAAAGAUUUGCAGAAUUAGAUGAUGUUCUACUUUUGGAAUAUUUAUAGAAAAAUAUCAAAGAAGAAAUAUAAGAAAUCAUUCCUUAGGUAGAAAUUGGUAUCAUUUUUAGACAUUAAAUUGUAUCUAUUUUUUAGCCUAAGAAAAAUAGAUGUAUAGAGAUUUUAUAAUCUAAAAUGAUUUUGAAUUUUUAAGUUAAUUAAUGAUACUUGAUCCUUUAAGAUAAUAUUCUGAAGUUAUUCUAGCCUUGAUAGGUUCAGCAUUUACUUUUUGUAUUGAAAUAAAUAUUGAAAAAAUACAAUCUAUAAAAGAAUAUAUAAUCAAAUCUUAUUUUGAUGAAAGUUAAGCUAUAAGAAGAUUAGCCUUAGAAAUACUUGAGGAAAUACCUUCCAAAAUAUCAUCUGAUAAUAAUUAUGCUUUUGCAAAUGAAAUGAUCUCAACUCCAAUGUUUUUGAAAAUUUAUGAUGCUGCUUUAAAAUCAAAUUAUGACUUUUUAGCUUUAAAAGUUGUUAUAAUUUAUUUUGGUGUUAGUGAUUAAUAUUCAGAAAAAGAAUUUAUAAUCUAUAAUAAAGUUAUAAAUUAAAAUCUUUAAACAUAGGAUAUCAAUAAAGCUUUAAAAGUUUAAUUAUUUUGGGCUAUUUCAAAUAAAAUUCAUAAUUAAGAAUUUUUAGCUAAAUUAUUAGAUUCUAAAUUAUUAGAAGAUAUUUUUGAGUAAUGCUAUGGAUUUUCAGAUAAUGAAGCACUUGAAUUUUCUUAUGUGAUUUUGAAUUUCUCAAUUUAAGUAUAAAUUAUAAAUAAUAUUUAGGCAAAUGAAGAAUAAUUAUCAAAAUUAAUAAAAAUAGGAUUAUUUAACAUAUGUAAUCAUUUAUUUUCAAUGGAAGCACGAUCUACAAAAAUUGAAGAACAUACUCUUAAAGCAUUACUUAACAUAUUACAUAAAUUAUCUGAUAUUUAAGAUGUGAAUAAUGAAUUAAUAUUACCAUUUUCAGUAGUAAUAAAAAUGAUUGAAAUGACUGGUAUCGUUAACAAAGUGAAGGAAAGUUAGAUGGACGAUAAAUUAAUUCAAGAUUUUGAUGUUUAUUUUUGA